CGGAGGAGUGGAAGGUUUCCGUGCAUAGGGAGCGGAGCGCCCGGCGGGCUCGUCUUUCUGUGCCAUGGCGAUGGCUGCCAGCCAGGAGGACUACUACUUGGCCUUGUGCGCGCGGCCCGUGCAGUUCGAGAAGGCGAGCCCCGUGAACUGUGUCUUCUUCGACGAAGCCAAUAAGCAGGUUUUUGCUGUUCGAUCUGGUGGAGCUACUGGGGUUGUAGUUAAAGGCUUGGAAGAUCGUAAUCCCAUCUCAUUCAGAAUGGAAGACAAAGGGGAAGUGAAAUGCAUCAAGUUUUCUUUGGGGAACAAGAUACUGGCUGUCCAGAGAACAUCGAAGAGUGUGGACUUCCUAAACUUCAUUCCAGAUAGCCCACAACUAGAAUAUACUCAAGAAUGCAAGACCAAGAAUGCCAACAUUUUAGGAUUUUGCUGGACAGGCUCUGCUGAAAUCGUCUUCAUAACUGAUCAAGGAAUUGAAUUUUACCAGGUAUUACCAGAGAAACGAACUUUAAAACUUUUGAAGAGUCAGAAUAUCAAUGUAAACUGGUACAUGUACUGUCCUGAGAGCUCUGUCAUUCUUUUGUCAACCACAGUUCUUGGGAAUGUUCUGCAGCCAUUCCAUUUUAAGGGUUGCACUAUGUCAAAGCUGUCAAAGUUUGAAAUUGAAUUACCUGCAGCCCCCAAAUCAUCGAAGCUUAGCCUUUCUGAAAGAGAUAUUGCUAUGGCUACAAUAUAUGGGCAGCUUUAUGUUCUCUACUUAAGACAUCACUCAAGGACAUCCAACAGUACAGGAGCUGAGGUAGUUCUUUAUCAUUUACCAAGGGAAGGCUCAUGUAAGAAGCUGCAUAUAUUAAAGUUAUACAGGACUGGCAAGUUUGCACUAAAUGUUGUGGACAACUUGGUGGUAGUUCAUCAUCAGGAUACUGAGACCUCUAUUAUAUUUGAUAUCAAACUAAAAGGAGAGUUUGAUGGUACAGUCACCCUUCAUCAGCUUGUACUUCCAGCUCGAUCCAUACAACCUUAUCAGAUUCCAAUAUCAGGGCCAGCUUCUGUAACCAGUCAGCUUCCUGUUCCUUGUAAACUCUAUUCCUCAUCCUGGAUUGUCUUUGAACCUGAUAUUAUCAUCAGUGCAAGUGAAGGUUAUCUCUGGAAUCUGCAAGUAAAACUUGAACCUAUAGUAAAAUUAUUGCCAGACAAAGGGAAGCUAAUGGACUUUCUUCUGCAGAGAAAAGACUGCAAAAUGGUUAUUCUCUCAGUGUGUUCUCAGAUGUUAAGUGAACCAGAGAGAGGAUCACUGAGUAUGAUUGCCACUGUUUUUGACAAACUCAAUAACGAAUAUAAGAAAUACCUGGAAGCAGAACAGACUUACAAUAUGGCAUUAGAAACUGGACAGAGCAGAUGCAAUCCACCUGCAAAACGGCCAGUCCGAACUCAAGCAGUUAUUGAUCAGUCAGACAUGUACACUCAUGUUUUGUCUGUCUUUACAGAAAAAAAGGAAGCACCUCACAAGUUCACUAUUGCUGUCUUAAUGGAGUAUAUUCGUUCACUCAACCAGUUCCAGAUUGCUAUUCAGCACUAUCUUUAUGAAUUGGUUAUCAAAACCCUUGUGCAGCAUAACUUAUUCUAUAUGCUUCAUCAGUUCCUGCAGUACCAUGUUCUCAGCGAUUCAAAGCCUCUGGCCUGCUUGUUACUGUCUCUAGAGAGCAUUUAUCCUCCUGCACACCAACUCUCCCUGGAUAUGUUAAAGAGGCUUUCUACCGCAAAUGAUGAAAUAGUGGAAGUUUUGUUGUCCAAGCAUCAAGUAUUAGCUGCCUUGAGAUUCAUCAGGGGUAUUGGAGGACAUGAUAGUAUUUCUGCCCGCAAGUUCCUUGAUGCAGCAAAGCAGACUGAAGAUGAGAUGCUCUUCUAUACCAUAUUCAGGUUCUUUGAGCAGAGGAAUCAGCGAUUACGUGGGAACCCUAGCUUCACUCCAGGUAAACAGGAAUUUGAGAAGGCAAACAAAAGCUUGCCAAGAAUGUCAAAAGAAUUGCAUUCAGCUUCUGCCUUUCUGAAAAGUUUAUUAAGCAGGAUGGGGCCUCUCACCCCUCUAAUAAGUUUGGUUAGACCCAAGGGUCAGUGGUAAUGUUUUGCCUUUCUAGCUAUUUCCAGUUCUCAGAUUUCAUUUCUGUUAAACAGGAACAUUUUGGACCCCUCAUCCGAAGGGAAUGCUAUCUAGAAAACUAGUUGUGCUCCUACAAAAGGUUAGGACACAGGGUUAAGCCAUUUAAAUGCAGAUUAGCAAAACCUUUAUAAAUGUAUUAACGGAACAUUUGAGGUAUUCAUACACAGUCUGGCAUAAGUUGUUGUCCUAUAAGUUAUCAAGUGGAUCAUGCAUAUUUAACUCCUUAUUUGACAGUGAUCAAAGAACACAUUAUAUUGUUAGAACUCCCAAAAAUAAAGCCAAAAUAAUAUGCUCCUAUUUCUGCAGUAAAGGCACUGUAUCUGCAUUUUGUAAUCUGAGGCUCAUUUCAAAGGAACCCUGCUGAAACAUGACAGGGAAAGGACAACAUUAACUAAAAUAUCUGGAACAGUUUCCAGGUGGCAUUAAUUCAUACAAAAGGCAAUAUUCCUGAACACCACAUGGAAGAAAAAAUCUCUUGCCCAAAAGACUGCUUAAAAAUUAGAUUUAACUAACUUUGUUGUCGGAUUACAGAUAGUAGUAGCGUAUAUUUGAUUUGAACAAUUGUUUUAAAAUAGGUGUAGUGGUUGUAGCCUUGUCAGCUUUUCUAGGAGUUACCUUUCUUCAGGCUCUGGAAUGUUUUACAACGCUGACCAUAUCAAGUUACUACCCAACCACAUAGCAGUGGAACUGCCAGGAUUGGGAAAGUAGUACUUCCCCUAAUUGUUCACUAGACUCUCACUUCUCUGCAGCAAUCAACAUGCUUUGUUCCUCAGUGUAGGGUACGUAUGUCCUCAUUUUCCUCUUUGAAGAAUAUUCUAAUUAUCUACUCUCAACUGAUGAGAAACUUUAAAUAUUUAAGUAUGCAUUUCUACUACCCUACAAUGUUUUACAAAGCAGUAUGGAUUUCUCAACCAUUGAUUUUAACUACCGUCAUUGCACCGACACAGAAAACUCUGAUUAGUACUGUUUUUCUAUUUAUACUACACAUCUUGCAGGAAGUUGCUAGCCUGAAUAAAAUUUAACACUGUAGUUUUGCCAAUAACGUUUUGAAGGCCAAGUGUACUUGUUAAGCGAAAAAAGACGGUGCAUUUAGUGUGUGGUGAAUAUUAAUUUUGGCUAAAGGAGGGCAUGCUGCUUUCGUUCCCUUAAAAUAUUUAAAAUCCACUUUAGCCAAGUACUUAUUUAACAGACUAAUUACAUUACAUCUGUGCAUAGUACCUUGAACUACUUCCAGUUCACCAAAUCUUACUAUAGAAAGUUUUAUUACAGACUAUUUUAAGGUAUAACUGUUUGUGCUUUGUGCUCCAGUUAGACUAGCUGCCAAGUUUGGAAGUUUGAUAAGUGCAUAGCAAAAGCAACAGUUUGUUUAAACAAAGGCAACUCCUGAGGUAAAAACAAAUUAAAAAUACUGGGAAGAGAGGGCAAAAAUCUGUGGAAUCAAACUUGAAUUAUCAGUCUUUAAAAAGUAUAAUGCUACUUUGCACUUUCUUUCUGUCUUGUAGGAGAACACUGUGAAGAACAUGUCAUAUUUUUUAAGCAGGUUUUUGGAGACCAAGCACUAAUGAAGCCUACCACUUUUUGAAGUAGUAAAGCUAUUUCAAUACAAAAUAUAAACUUAAUUUAUUGCAUUUCUGUACUGAUACUUUUGACCUUCAAAUCCUAUUUUAUAAUAAAGUAUAUAUAUAUAAGA